AUGGCGGGCAAAAUGUCUACGCACUCGCCUUCGAUGGCCAAGAACCUCUCUGUUGAACCGAUGAAUACCAAUGACGCGAAAUGGAUCACCCUGAAGAAAAUCACGUACAAGGACCCAGCGGGCAAGCAAAGGCUCUGGGAAUCUGCGGAGCGACAGACAAGACCCAAGGACGCCGAAGUCGACGCCGUCGGCGUCGUCGCCAUUCUCAACGACCCCAAAUCCUCAAAGGGCCCCUCCCUGCUCCUCCAGAAACAAUUCCGUCCCGCGGUCGACAAAGUCACCAUCGAAGUGCCGUCGGGCCUCAUCGACGCGGGAGAGUCGCCCACGCAAGCCGCCAUCCGCGAGCUGAAAGAAGAAACGGGCUACAUCGCCACCAUCCCCUCGGAUGCCAAAGCCGCCGAGGGUAUUCUGAUGUUCAAUGACCCGGGGUUCUGCAAUACAAACACAAAAAUGAUCUUUGUCGAGGUGGACAUGCGCGACCCCAGGAAUGCAGAGGAGAACCUCAAGCCUGAGCUGGAGGAGAGCGAGUAUAUCGAGUGCUUCACCCUGCCUCUGGACAACUUGUGGAAUGAGCUGGGAGAUCUAGAGGCCAAGGGCUUUGCGAUCGACGCGCGUGUCGGGACACUGGCGCAGGGCAUGGAGAUAGCGAAGAAAUGGAAGGACGUGCUCAACAAGAAUCCCUCAUACGUGAAUGGCGUUGCAAGGCACAAAACGGCCUAG